AUGUUCCAAAAGCUAACUGGACUGUGCGUUCUUUUGGGAGCACUUUCCCUGUGUGCGGCCUACAAAAUAACACCGAAUAUUAUCGAUGGAGUUCCCGGUUUCCUGAAUAUAACUACUGCUCCGUUCGUGAAGAUCGGAUCAGAUUAUUACUUGAUUGUAAGAGAGGAUGUUAAUUGGUAUGCUGCCUACGAAUCUUGUCGGCAAAAGGAUGCAUUCUUAAUCUCGUUUGACGACUUGGAGGAAUUGAAUCUGAUAGCUCAGUAUCUUGUAGAUACGGAUGCCGAUGUAUCUUAUUGGACGUCUGGCGCAGACUUGGCGGAGCAGGAUAAACACAAAUGGUUUUCAAAUGGGCGAGCCUUGUCUUCGGAUUUGUGGCUUCCGGGAGAACCAAAUAAUUCUGGAAACGUGGAGCGUUGCGUUGAAUUUGGUAUUCGCCUGGAAGUGCCAGGUUUGAAUGACAGGAACUGCAUCCGACUUAAUUCAUAUAUUUGCAAGGCGCCCCAGCCAAAAACCGCUUCUUUUAUAGUCUGGUAGAUUGAUGAGACUGUAAAACAAAAUAAUAUAAUUAAAAAAGU